AUGACUGAGAAACAACAUGAUCAAGCUUCAAUGCGAGAAGAAGCAGUCCUACCUGAAGUAGUCGUGGCUCACUACGAAUGCGAAACUUGGGGUCUUCCACGAUCUCUAAGUUCUUACAUCUCUUCUUUCAUAACCCACAAAUUCAAUACUCAAUUCCCAAACGUUACACUCGCCGUGGCUUACACUCAUGUUGGAUUGAUUUUGAUCAGCUCUGGCAACAAAUUACUAACUUACUAUGUGGCUAAUCCGAUCUCAAGACAAUGUGUCGAAAUCCCUCAGCCUCCUCCAACAGUUGGUUAUUUUUUAACCUCUGGGCUUGUCACAAAACUUGAGGAUCACGUCGUUUUAGGUUACAAAGUUGUUUUGAUGGAUACAAGUAACUUGGACGAUGUCAUAAGUUUACUGAUAUAUUCAUCCGAGACAGGGUUAUGGAGUUUCAAAACCCUCCAAUCUCAUCUCACUUUGUCUGGUCUGAUAGAUUACAACCCUGUUAGCUUGUAUGGAAACCUUUACUGGAUAGGCUACAACAACGACUAUGGAGAGGUUGUUGUGUUCCAUGAUUUCUACGCGACUGGCACGGAAUCUGAUCGAUGCCAAGUUACACCUUUCCCUGACGGUGGAACGAAACCACCAAAUUUAAAAUGA